AUGUUUAUCGUUGUUUACCUCACAGUCACCGUCACAAGUCAGCACACGUCACAGACCAUCGCGUGGUUUUAUGCCAAGAAUUCAUCGUUCAUGCAUGGAGGAGACAUCAGCAACCGUGAACCCAUUAUUGGUCAGUCUGAUAUAUACAACUACAUCAAAGAACUGAACUACAAAGAUUGUCAUGCCAAGAUCCUUCUCAUUGACUCACAGUCCACUCUGGCCGAGGGAAUUGUCAUUCAGGUGACGGGCGAGCUCUCGAAUGAUGGACGUCCCAUGCGGCGCUUCAUGCAGACGUUUGUGUUGGCACCUCAGUCAGAAAAGAAGUACUACGUGCUCAACGAUAUCUUCCGUUACCAAGACCAGGUAUUUACAUCGGCGGCAAGUGAAGACAGUUCGAAUGAUGCUGAAGAUGAGGUGGAGAACUUGCAGCAACAAGACAACGGCUACAGUGAAGAGCUUCAAUGCCAGCAAGAAGCCGCUACUGCCGCUGUCACAGAAGGACUUUCUUCUGGCGCUGGAGUGCCUCCCCCUGGCGUAGGCAUGCAGUCUCAGCCGGUGAUGGGCGAGUAUGCCCCCACAGUCGCAGGCAGUCACCACAUGCAGGCUUCUGCUGCCCCAACCCUGCCACCUGGUGUGCAUGCUGUCCCUUCUGCCCAGCCUUCUGGCAUGACCCAUCCUCAGCAGCAGCACAACGGCAGCAUUGGUGCUGUGCAAGAUAUUGCUGCUGUGGCAUCUCCUAAGCAGCAAACUGCUGCUGUGGCUCCUCAGCAACAAGUGUACUCGCACAUGCCUCCGUCUGGGCCUGCUCAUCAUCAGCACCCUGUUGUUCACCACCAGCACACUGCUGCGCCCCAGAGUGUUGAAGCGCCGCCUCCCUCUGCUCCAUCACAGCAGCCACCAGCACAACCUGAGGUGAUUGAAGAUGAUAGCGAGUGGGGUAAUGAGACUGCCAACAGUAAGUGGGAGGAUCCUGUGCCAACGCCGCCACGCACGCAGCAGCCCCAGCAGUCAACUCGUGUGCACAACCACCAGCAACAGCAGCAGCAGAGCCGCAGCUCUGCAUCCAUUGCCCCGACUCCUAAAGUAAUGGAGAAGAAAGAAGACCAAGCUCCUCUGUCGUACGCUGCUGCUGCCAACAGCAGUGGUAUGCAGCAGCAACCUGCCACUCAGUACCAGCCUCCUCAAACUGCCACACCUGUGGCCGCUCCCACCUCAGUACCUGCACCUACAGUGCCAUCCCAACAGACACAAUACCAGUCCCGUGGCAGUGAAGGAGUGGCACCUCGACAGAGCAGCCAUAGCCGGGAUCACCAGGGACCACCUCCGAACCACCACCCUCGAGGGGAACGUGAGCAUAACGGAGGAUUCCAGAAGCCUGGUCGUGGUGGCCGACCAUACCGGCCCCGACCAUCAAACUACUCAGAGUCUGGGGACCACAUUACUGGUGUUGAUGAUCACACCAACUCCUCUGAAAGCGGCUAUGGGCGCUUUGAGAACAGAAGGCGGGAAGAACAGUCUAGCGUUCCCGACACUCAGCAAGUUUUUGUUGGCAAUGUGCCAGCAAACGUGACCAACGAUGAGCUGCGGGAAGUUUUUUCCAAGUUUGGCAAGAUCUUGGAAGUGCGCAUCAACUUUGGCAAGAGUAAAGUGAUUCCUGGCGCCGCAACCAACGGCAAGCCCCCAGGACCUGUUCCCAACAUCGGCUUCAUUACUUUUGAGGAUGAAGAAUCUGUCAAAAGAUGCCUGAAUGGCCGCCCCAUCAAGCUGGGCAGCUCCAACCACCGCCUCAACGUCGAGGAGAAGAAGAACAACCGAACUCGCACAAACAUCCGUCCGCCCAUGCACCAGGGCGGUCGCGGCAGCUUUAACCGCAUGGAUGGUGGCCGCGGUCCAGCUGGUGGACCACGCGGCGGUGGUAGCGGUGGUGGUGGUGGGAGUGGUGGCUUCAAUGGCCCCCGGCGAUCAUAGUGUCGUCGCUUCUUUCCGCAUUAUAAUUAUUUCUCCUUUUCAUCUGGUUUUGCGUCAAUUGAAAAGUCUUACACAUGUAACCAGCCAUCGUUAAAUAGUUCACUAUCAUUAUCAGUUGGAGGCCUAUACCAUGAGAUAUUUCUCUGACGACUGCUUUACGCGUUUAGUUGAGCUUACGUCCCUGCAUACGGAGAAUCUGAUGGUUAAUUUCAUCUUAGUGGCAAGAUCUUGUUUGGAAGCUCUUGAAGACUUGGCUUUCAUAGAACAGCGCUUGAAGCCCGCGCACACAGAGCUCUAAGUGUUCAUACAUCCUCGCCUUGUUCCGUGGUAGAGGUCUUCAGAUGUUUGCGUGUGUGAUGAUCAGUUAUAGAUAAUCAUUGCACGUUGCUGGCUGUAUACCACUUGAUCUUCAACCCUUUGUUAGUUUAUUUACAUCUAUCGUCCUUGUAGUUAUUUUUGCAUUUUCAAUUUGUGAUUUACAAAGUUGACUAUUAUUAGGAUACUUUCUCACACUGGGCUGUCCCAGGGCGAGGGAUCCGAGCUUCGAGUUUGCACUUCUCUUCCUUGGGUGCCUGUACCUUAGGAUUCCACAGCUACUUGGAGUAGAAUAUUACGCUGGGCGCGUUACUAUUGUCACGUCACCCGCCUAUCCUGACAUGGCAAGUCAGGCUGCUGUUGUGAGGGGCAUAACUGGGUUUACGUGCUACAUAAGAAAGUUAGAGUUUUGUAGCUUGUUUGCAAGAUGAUUUCAGUGAAAUUAAAUUAGAUGAAGGAUUCUCUGAGUGUCCGAUUCACGGCUAUUUUAGGCUCAGAAUACAAGGUAGACAUUAUUCCAGCCGGUCAGUGUUACGCAUUUCUUGCUUCACAGUUUCUCUGCUGGGCAUAGCGGCUAAUGACGGCUGGCGUUUUGAGUUAUCGUUGAAAAACGUUAAAGUGAUGAGAAUAGAAGCAGCCGUUAGCCACAAUGUUGCUAAAUGCGCUCACUUAAAACUAGGACACUUCAGGGAGGAUUAUUAUGUUUGUGCAGUCGUGCUUAUGUUUUAAUAGCUUAAGACUUGCUCAUAACUUUUUUGUCUUCAUUAACAAGUAGUUUAUUAUUACCGAGUAAUUAAUUCAUACUCUGUAUAAAAAUUUGUGCACUUCACUUUGUUUCAGUUGCUUGUAUCACGUUUCAUGUGUAUAAAACUCAUCUAGCUGGGAAUAUCACGCUCCGUUGAGUGUUGCAUGUACAAAAAUGGAAGCAUCACUCAAAUGUUAACGUAACGACCAGGAGUUCAAUCGACUUGUGCGGUGUCGGAGAUAGGUGUGAAGAACGCCAUCGUCAUCACGUUUGCGUUGUCACGAUGAGCGACUACUUGUUUUCUCAUUUUUUACCGUAUUUUGUAGUAUUGAUGUCUUUUUCGUUUUCUCCUACUUUAGCUCUCUUUUAGAAGGAUUCGUUAUGCUGUCUAUGGACCGUUUGCAUAGAACUAAUGAAAUGCUUUUAUCUCCUUGUCGCGCUCCAUCCUUUCGUCAAAGAAUACAAAUUUUGAAAAUUAAAUUUAUGUUCUUUGCAACUGUUCCAUGGUUUAUUCUUGAACUUUUGACUAGGUAAGUCUGCUAUGCUGUGAUAGAGAAUUGCGGUAUUUGGCGAAAAUUCGGAUCUCAAGCAGUUGCGGCAACUUCUUUUAAAUCAUUGUCGACGAACCCUAUGUGAGCCUCUUUGAAGAGGUAUUUAUUUCGGACAAACAGUAUGGAACGCGACGCGGUGUUGUGAUAUUUGUCUCGUGUUCCAUGCAUACGAGUGAUCUAAACGAGGCGACUACGUCUUCGCGAACUUUUUUAGGCGGUGUCAGCGUUUGAACUGACAUCUCUUUUUCCCCUGUGUGUUUUUCAUUUGUUGUGUACUCUUGAGUUGUAAAAAUGUAUCACGCCAAGACUCCAAAUGGUUUGCUGUGUCGUCAGUCUUUUUUAUCAUAGCGACGGAUAAUGCAAUUCUUCUUAGAUUUUCAUUACAAUCUUUUGUCUUGACUGAUGUAUUCUUUGCUAUUCUGUGUGUUACGAUAAAGCCUAAAACAUCGUCCAUUCAAUGCGAUUGUUAACAUAAAUUGGUUUAUUUUAAGUCUUUUCUUGGUUAAAGAUCCGUAGAAAUACUUUUCUAUAUAGCUGCUUGGCCAAGAUAUCGUGUUUCUUUGCCUGUGCUGCAUGAUAUGCUCAUUUAAACAUACACUCUCGCGCUGUUAGUGUAUUUCAAGAGCGGCCUUAUUUUGCGUUGACGCUAGUCACUUGCUGUACAUUGAACAUGCUUAACACCCAUACUUGGAUCCUCGCUUGCAAUUCAGUUGUGCUGCUCACUAAGGUCAUUUUAUUUUAUUAGCACUUAAAGGUUAAGAACGCUUUAUUCUGGCCAAGCUGCUCCUGGAAUUUGCCGACACGAGCCCCAAUUACCAGCGAUAUUACCUUAUUAAUGCAUUACCAGCUUACACGGCACUUCAAUGAAUAGUUGAAGUGUCACCAUUCUGACAUAUUUUAUCUGCAGUUCUAGCGCUAAACAAACACAACAUCUCGCUCUGAAAAGAAAUAACUUAAUACAUUUUUUUACGAGUGAUUACAUGACCAUAUAUCAUUGGUCGGGCAGCUUUUCUACACCAACUACGGAACAAAUGUUAAUAAAUUACUCUUAAUUAGCAAUAAAACCAUUAAUUUUUCAUCGUCGCACCGUGUGAAACCUUGACAUUGACUGUGUUAUGCAGACCUUAGAAAGGUUCUCAAUACCGGGAUUCGUAUACGUUUUUCAUGUACAUCGGCGGUCAUCUGGGGCAGCGAAUUUAGAAAUUCUGUUUUCCAAAGUCGCCGGCAUCUCAAUAAUCAGUGUCGAUGAAAGUAGGAGUGCCUUCCGCAUACUUGUGGAAGACAUCGCCGACGCUCUUCGUGCACUCAUUCCAUUAGGUUGGAAACUUUGUGUAAACCUUAUCAGAAAAGCCAAAAAUAUAUUUAGAAAAAAUUA